AUGGUCAACGAAUCAAAUGAGAAGAAGAACAAUGCAUCCAAAGAGGAAGACUUGGAGUUUGCUUCCACCCAGGAAGAGGCCGGUGACGGCGAAGAAGAUACAGAAGUGAUGAACCCGGAGGACCAGAAGGAUCCUUCGUCGAACAUUGCCAUUGGUGUCCCCACUGAAGACAAUGCAACAGACAGCAGUACCAUUAUUGAUGAUUCCACCGAGGAUGAUAUCAAAGGUACUGACGUAGACGAGCAGUCACAUCUUGUUGACUUUGAGGAGCCCAUUGAACUGGAACAGGGCAAGCGAGCGGAGGAGCAAGACGAACUGGAAAGGGGCAAUGAAGAACAAGACGAAUUGGAACAGAGCAAACAAGCUGAGGGAUUUCGCAAUGAAGGCACGGAAGGUGUUGUCGUGCAGAUUUCGGAUAUCGAACACGAUGGCACGGUACCUCGCUCCUCUUACGCUAAGCCGCAGUACAGUCAUUCGUGGUGCCAAUCAGAUUCCAGGAGCGUUUAG